UAAACGAUGUUGCACAAAUUCAGCGGCCCUUUUGGGUCCCCCCCCCCAAAAAAAACCCAUUGUUAAUCAUUCUCUGUGGGGUUAUAAACAUCGCACUGGCCGCGGUUUCGAAGAGAAGCGAUUUCUGAACCGCGGGGCGUGUUUUUCAUUGCAAAAUGUGAAAGACUACGCGGGCUCGGGUUCGGGGUUAGACACGCAAAGCAAGCGGUAAAACCAAACCAAACCAAAACAAGCCCAGGAAGGUCUCCCUUCUUUUUCUUCAGCGCACGGAUGCUGCAGUGAGAACGGUUUCACUUCGUGCCAGAUUUUAAAUAAAUAAAUAAAUAAAACAACCAUGGAAUCCCUUUCCGUCGCCUCCAACAAUGGGGUCGUCCUUGAAGAGGAGGGGGGAGACUCGGACAGAGACCGAGCCCAAGAGCGGGCUGCACGGUCGGGGCUUUCAAGCAGUGGAAACUGGGAGGAGGAAACAGGUGACCCGAGAAAGACAGAGAACGACAGAGAAAGAGACGCCAGCGUCUCCACAGGGAGCGCCCCUGCCCGCAUUAAAGACGAGGUUCCGGAACUGGAAUCCGUCUCCACUAAGGAAGAGGUUGUCAAGGGCAUGGUCUGUAACGGUGAAGAGGAGGAGACUGAAGAUGAGAUGGUUUGCAUGAAAGAUGAAAGGUUUGCAGAGGACCCCUCCGACUCCAAUGAUAACGAAAUGUCUUCCGCAGCCAGCAGAGCUGAGCCGUCCAAGAAUUGCGUGGACAGCAUCGACUCUGCAAACUUAAAUACAGACCAGGGCACCAGUACUGAAAACGCAAAAUGUGGGGGACAAGACGCUCGAAAAAAAUCGCUGCAGCCUCGCCUACAGACAGAGGAAAAAGACGAGGUGCGAGUGAAGAAUCGCAGGGAGUGCAAGGAGCAUGAGCAGAGCCCCCGGGUUCAGAGGCGUCUGCGAGUAAGAGCGCCGGUAGGAGGAGAGAGAGCGUUCAAUUGCGAGGAAUGCAAGCAGAGCUUCGAAAGCAGGAGGACUUUCAGCCUGCACAAGAAGAGAGCUCACGCAGCGGAGUUCGUCUGCAUCGAGUGUGGCGAGACCUUCGGCAAAAUCGCCACCCUUCAAAAACACCAGCGGAUCCACGCUGCCGAGAAACCCCAUCCCUGCCUGGAGUGUGGGAAAAAUUUCCGUCACUCCCGAGCUCUGAAACGGCACGGGGAGAUCCACACACGAGUGCAGCGCUACCCCUGCUCCGAGUGCCCCAAGAGCUUCAGCCGACCAGACAGCCUGGAGACCCACAAGCUGGUCCACGCGGGGACCAAGCUGCACCGCUGCGCCGAGUGCGGCAAGACCUUCAGCGACCCGGGGAACCUGAGACGGCACCAGCGGAUCCACACAGAAGACAAGCCGCACCGCUGCUCCGAGUGCGGGAAGAGCUUCAGCCGGAGCGGGAACCUGGAGAUCCACUGGCGCAUCCACACGGGAGAGAAGCCCUAUCGGUGCUCCGAGUGCGGGAAGAACUUCAACCACUCCCAGCACCUCAAGACCCACCUGCGUCUGCACAGCGGGGAGAAGCCCUACCCCUGCCCGGAGUGCGGGAAGAGCUUCAUCAACUCAGGAGCUCUGAAGACCCACCGGAGGAUCCACACGGGAGAGAAGCCCUACCUGUGCUCCGAGUGCGGGAAGAGCUUCAACCAGUCGGAAAACCUGAAGACUCACCUGCGGAUCCACUCCGGAGAGAAGCCGCACGCCUGCCCGGAGUGCGGGAAGAGCUUCGCUCAACUGGAGAACCUGAAGACGCACAGGCGGGUUCACACAGGGGAGAAGCCGUACUGCUGCCUGGAGUGCAGGAGGAGCUUCAGCCAGUCCUGCCACCUGAAGAGGCACAAGUGCGGGAGGACAAGGAGGAGGAGGAGGGAGGGGCCGGCAGCGGAACCCGGGGCCUGCCAGUCCGCACUGUGAGAUGAGCUUUCCAUCUGAAUUCCAUAGAACUGUAAAGUCAAGCGGACAGACUUGUUUCUGCAGCAGUCCAGCAGGGUUUAUAGGUCGCCCUUAAUCAUCCAUUUCUAAAGACGAAGGAACCAUUCCAUUUCGACUUGUGAGGACGCCGUGGCUCAAUUGGAAGGCCACGCCCGUUUCUUCCAUCCUGAGUCCCACCCCCUUAUUGAUAGUGUUGUGGCAGGUUUUUCCAAGCCCUGCCGAUUGUAUUUGGGAUCAAAGCAUUAGACUUAUAGAGUUAUAUCUACAGUGACAUAUUAGUCGGACAACAGUGCAGGGAUAAUGCA